AUGGAAUCUGAAGAGUUGAUAGACGAAAUUGGAGCAAUUGAUGUAAUAUUUCCUAACUGUGUGUCAAAGAUAAAACCUUCUCUUUACCAUGUUAAGGUUCCACAAAAUGAGGAUAUCGCAUUCGACUUAAACUUUCCUCCCAACUACCCAGAAACCAAACCUAAAAUAGAGACGAUAAAAAGUGCUGUCCCGGGUUUGCAGGAUAUAAGAUACUUUAGAUCAAGGCUAGAAAGCCUGUUGGAUCAGGUUUUUGUAGAGCAAAAUGUUUGCCUUUUUGAAUUUAUCAGUGAAGUUAACAAUACAGUGGAAGAACUUGAAGCAGAAUGGGACCAGAGAAACCAGCACUUGAAAGAAAACAGUGAACCACCAGAAGAUGAUGCGGAUGUACGCAUUUCAGCAAUUUCUUCUCAACUUCAGAACAGUACAAUCAACAGUUCUGGCUCUAACGGGAAGAUGGUAAAGCAAGAUAAUGACCAUGACCAUCUGAAGGGUUGGUUCAUAUCGGAACCUGUUGUGGAUAGAAAGUCUACGUUUAUUGGAUAUUCCAGAGCAGUGCAUUCGGAAAAAGAAGUUCUUGAUUGUAUCAAUGAACUGAAAAUGGAUAGAAAAAUAGCAAAAUCGAACCAUGUAAUGACAGCCUAUAGGAUUCAGGCGGAAAAUGGAAUACGAUAUAAAGAUUGUGAUGACGACGGUGAAACGGCUGCCGGCUCCAGAUUAUUGCAUCUCCUAGACAUAAUAGAUGCUUGGAAUGUUGUCGUGGUUGUUGUAAGAUGGUUUGGAGGUUUGCAUAUUGGACCCGAUAGGUUCAAACACAUCAACUCCACCGCUAGAGAAGCAUUAGUGAAGGGGAACCUGGUGGAAGACAAUAAAAAGAAAACUAAAAAGAAGAAAUGCUAA